CUGACAAUCGCAGUUUUGUUUUUAAUCUCUAUUGAAUUCAGUUGUUACUGUUAUUGCAUUUAUAUAUUUUUGUUUCUCAUUAUGGCAUUAAUCCAAAAAAGUAUAAAACUAUCUCAAGUACUGGGAAGACGACAGAAUAUUAAACUGCUUUGGCCAACGACAACGUCUGCUAAGACGCAUUUCCAGCGAUCAUACACCUCAGUGCCUUCUGCCCAGUUUCCUGGUGCCAAUGCUCCAUUUGUCAACACGUUAAAGCUAACUCAGCCCGAGGAUUUCUCACCUAUACCAAUUUAUCGGGUAAUGAAUAGCGAUGGCUACAUCAUCGAAGAAAGCCAAGAUCCCAAACUGGAAAAGGAGGUGGUUGAGAAAAUGUUUCGCGACAUGCUGCUUUUAAAUACCAUGGACAAGAUUCUGUACGAAUCCCAACGACAGGGUCGUAUCUCUUUCUAUAUGACCAAUUUCGGUGAGGAGGCCUCUCAUAUAGGAAGUGCGGCUGCCUUAGAGUUAAGGGACAUCAUUUACGGCCAAUAUCGUGAGGCUGGAGUGUUGGUAUGGCGAGGAUUCCGUAUCGACCAAUUUAUUGAUCAAUGCUAUGGCAAUGAUGAUGACAUGGGCAGAGGCAAGCAGAUGCCGGUUCACUAUGGAUCCAAGGAGCUGAAUUUUGUCACCAUCUCUAGUCCAUUGUCUACUCAGAUGCCACAGGCCGUUGGAGCCGCUUAUGCCCUAAAACGUCGUCCAGACAAUGAUGCCUGUGUUGUCUGUUACUUUGGUGAAGGAGCUGCCUCUGAGGGUGACGCACAUGCUGCUUUUAAUUUUGCCGCAACGCUAAGUUGUCCAGUCAUACUUUUCUGUCGUAACAAUGGCUUUGCUAUAUCUACACCAUCUCGAGAGCAGUAUCGAGGCGAUGGCAUAGCUGGACGUGGACCAGCUGGAUAUGGAAUAACGACUAUUAGAGUGGACGGCACCGACGUCUUUGCAGUCUAUAAUGCCAUGAAGGCAGCCCGUGAAUAUGUUCUUCGAGAGAAUAAACCAAUUCUCUUUGAAGCACUCGCCUAUCGUGUGGGACAUCAUUCGACCUCGGAUGAUUCGACUGCAUAUCGUCCGGCUGAAGAAAUUGAAGUUUGGAACUCUGUAGAGCAUCCGAUUUCGAAAUUAAAACGUUAUAUGGUCCAUAAGGGCUGGUUCAAUGAGGAAGAAGAGACCGAAUUCAUUAAGAAUGUCCGUAAACAGGUUCUCAAGCAAAUUUCAGUUUCUGAAAAGAAACUUAAGCCAAAUUGGCGAGAGAUGUUUGAAGAUGUCUACGCAGAGAUGCCUGAACAUUUACUGCAGCAACGAAAGGAACUUGAGCAGCACAUUGCGGACCAUAAGGACGCAUAUCCCCUGAAAGAAUUCAAGCAGUAAAUGAGGAAAUCCAAAAGAUGUUAACCUAAAGACUCGAUCGAAAGUGCAUUUAUUAACUUUAAGCUUAAACAAUAGUUUCUGUGUGGGUCCAACCCCAAUUUUUAAUUUGUUGUAAACAACUAAUGUUCAAAAAACCAAAAUGCUUUAAAUUAAAUACAAUACAAAGUUAUAUUUCCGAAA